AUGGACUACAACCCCAGUGCGCCGCCCUCGACGGCUCUGUGGCCCGGCCAGGCGCCGUCCCCCGAAAAGUCGAGCCAGAUCUUGAUCCGCGAAUACCCCCAUCGAGCCAUUGCCAUCGCAUCGAACUCGCACGCCCUCAUCCUCCGGCACAGCACCACAACAAGCGAAUCCAUUGCGAACGGGUCCCUUGCCUCCGUGGCAUCCGGCCGCCAACGCUCAGCUACCUCCGACAAUGCGGCUUCGAAGUGCAUGGUCGAGUUCUCCUCGACCUCGGAAAAGCUGCUAGCCGACUACCGCCCCCUCACGCCCCGGCCGAUCUAUGGAACACUCGGGCUCAUAUCAAUCGAGCGAGAUGUGUUCCUCUGCGUGAUUACCCAGGCCUCGCGGGUCGCAACCCUUCGCCCUGGCGAAACCGUGGAGAAAAUCGAGGCUGUGCAGUUCUUCUGCCUCAACUCGGCCGAAUAUGAUGACGUCGUGGCCCUCGAUCCCUAUGAAAUGGAUUCGGAUGUGUUGCCUCCGUACAGUCAAGGACUGGGUCGGCGGGACGUCCCUAUAGAACACCCAUGCUUGGAAUUACAGAAAUUGCUCGGGAAUGGGACCUUUUACUAUAGCACCGACUUUGACGUCACAAACCGCAUGCAAGACAGGCCGGCCGAUGCUGCGGAAUUCGAUAUAGAUAAUUUUGACGAAUCCUUUCUCUGGAACUCCUACAUGAUCCGGCCGCUUGUUCUUUUCCGAUCACGACUACAAAAACACGAGCGAGACGCGCUGGACGCUUCGAGGAUAUUGACUUCAGCGAUCCGUGGGUUUUGCAGGAGUUGGGCGAUACCACAAAGUACAGCACCAUUGAGCUCCGGGAGAUCGGGACUGCCGUCCUACCUGACUAUCAUUUCCCGCUUGUCUUGUCGGAGGGCCGGGACGAGGUUUAAUUCACGGGGUAUUGACGACGAUGGGAACGUGGCCAACUUUGUGGAAACGGAAACAACCUACUGGAGUCCCUCUGGAGUGGUGUUCUCCUAUGCUCAAGUUCGGGGCUCAGUCCCAGUCUUUUGGGAACAGGCCGCCGGUCUUUUACCCAACCAACAAAAGAUCACCGUCACCCGCUCGGCUGAGGGAACACAGCCGGCAUUUGACAAACACUUCUCGGAGUUGGAGCAAGCAUAUGGGGCCGUUCACGUAGUGAACCUCUUGAGCGCUACCAAGCCCGGAGAGUACGAGCUCACCAACCUUUACAGACUUGGCGUGCGAAACUGCCCUCUCAGCCGGCCGGAGGGCGGAAAUCAGUCUCGGGAUCAUGCGCUGUUGCGGGAGACAGAGUAUGACUUCCAUGCGGAGACCAAAGGGCCCCAGGGGUACGUGGCGGCGAAUGAGAUCCGUCGGUACAUUGAGAACUCGGCCGACGGGUUUGCGUAUUAUCUUGCGCAAGAGUCUGACGAUACUGGGCGCUCGAACGGGAGCAUGGACGGCCAUAAGAAACGCCGUUAUGUUGUCGUGUUACAGCAGGAGGGUGUCUUUCGGACAAACUGCCUAGACUGUCUGGACAGGACAAACCUUAUCCAGACCAUCAUUUCACAAAUGGCCGUUGAAUCGUUCCUAGGUCACAGAGGAGAAAGAGCCGCGUCCGACUUUUGGUCUCGGCAUGCUAACCUGUGGGCCGACAACGGGGAUUCUCUAUCCAAGAUCUAUGCCGGCACAGGUGCUCUCAAAUCCUCCUUCACUAGGACGGGCAAAAUGUCAUUGGCUGGUGCUAUUGCCGACGUCCGAAAGUCGGCCACCCGGCUAUAUUAUAACAACUUUGCUGACAAGGCCCGCCAAAUCACGAUCGAUACCCUGCUUGGUCGACUGGUCGGUCAAGCGCCCGUGGUCUUAUUCGACCCAAUCAGCGAUUAUGUCGCUGGCGAGUUACAAAAGAGAAGUGCCCAGUAUUCCACUAGCGAGAAGAUUCACAUCUUUGUUGGGACCUUCAACCUCAAUGGCAAAACAGAUGGCAUCCAUGAAGAUUUGUCCCCCUGGCUUCUCCCCCGGGAGCUGGACUCGAUCCAGCCGGAGAUUAUCGCUAUUGGGUUUCAAGAAAUCGUGGAGCUCAACCCUCAGCAGAUCAUGAACAGCGAUCCGACAAGAAAGCAGGUCUGGGAACAAGCCAUCAAAAGGACACUCGACAACCACUAUAACCGAGAGGGGGAUGAGAACUACGUUUUGCUUCGAAGUGGCCAGCUUGUUGGUGCUGCACUAUGCAUUUUCGUGAAAGCAUCAGUGCUCCACAACAUCAAGAACGUGGAAGGGAGUGUUAAAAAGACAGGCAUGUCAGGAAUGGCUGGUAACAAGGGCGCGGUCGCUAUCCGGCUCGACUACGCCAACACACCCAUCUGCUUUGUCACGGCCCACUUGGCAGCCGGAUUUGCCAACUACGAGGAACGGAACCGGGACUAUGCCACCAUCGACCAAGGCCUGCAUUUCCAACGAAACCGGGGGAUUGCUGAUCACGACUCGGUUAUUUGGUUCGGUGACUUCAACUACCGGGUUGGACUCGGGCUAGAAGCAGCCAAAGAUGCGGUCAAGAGACGGGAUCUUGGGCGACUGUUUGAAAAUGAUCAGUUGAACUUGCAGAUGGUCGCGGGGCUGUCUUUCCGCUUUUAUUCCGAGGCGCGGAUCACCUUCAUGCCCACCUACAAGUAUGAUAUCGGGUCCGACAACUUCGACAGCUCUGAAAAGGCACGUAUCCCAGCCUGGACAGACCGCAUUCUCCGCAAAGGGACCAACCUCCGCCAGUUGGCGUACAACUCGGCGCCUCUCCGCUUUUCUGAUCACCGGCCGGUUUAUGCUGCGUUCGAGUGCAUGGUCAACAUCGUGAACGAGACGUUACGAGACAAGAUCAGCAGGGAGGUCUACGAACGGCGCAAGGCUGAAGUAGGAGGAGACACGGCGAACCUGAUCAAUACCGAGUCGGACGAUGAGGACCUGAUUGGGUACGACGCCAUCGAGCCCGGCCUACCACCGGCCAGUUCCGACCGGCAGAAGUGGUGGUUAGACAACGGCAAGAUGGCCAAGUCAUCCAUCAGCCCACCCAAACCAGACCAUCCCUCAUCGCAAGUCAUUCUAAACCCGAAGCGGCCCACAAAUCCCCAUGUACCCACUGAUGAACCAGACUGGGUCAGCGUGCCCAGGUCCGAGUCCCGCCUGUCGUCAUUCUCGAGCAUGUCAAGCUCGCCGUACGAGCAUGUGGGCCAUUCGACACUCCUCUCCUCGUCGGCUUCAAGCUCGGCGCCUAGGAAGCUGCCGCCACCGUACGAUCCAUCUGCGUUACCCUCUAAGAUUGGGCGAAUGCAGAUCGGAGAGGACAACAAGAGUUUGCAUGGAGACGGAGUGCCUCCUCCCCCUCCGCCUAGGAGGCAGACCGGGAUGGGUACUCCAGCAGCGGCAAGUUCGCCAACCCCGUCGGCGCCACAGAACCGAAAGCCAGUGAAUAAGACCACCCCGGCUUCAUCCGUCGGGCCGGGGCCGGGGCCGGCACCGGCACAAGAGCAAUCAACGAAGCAAAAAGCUGCCCCGCCCGUAGCGAAGAAACCUGCCCAUCUCGCAGCCCCUAUCUCCCCCGCAACCAGCAGCACGGCCAGCUUCACCUCCGACGCGACAGUGCACGGCACGGAUGCGCCAUCCUUCAAUCUUUCCCGUAGUUCAACCACACAACUCACCGGCUCAACACCGGACCUUGUCCGCAGCAUGACCUCGUUACCUACCAGUAGGAACGGCAGUGUGCGAGGCCAGAGUCCACCACCACCCCAGCUUCCUCGACGAACCAACACUGCCGCGGGCGCCACGGCGGCGCAGAAUAGGAUGGCGCCCGCCGGCGGGGUACCGCUGGUCGGGUUAACGAAUCGAGGAAGGGAUAAGGACACGGAGUGGGAGCGGAAAACGCAGCUGCCGGGUAGGAAACCGACGACCCCGUCUCCGCGCCCAACUCCCCUCGCGCAGCUCACCAAACAGGCGCCGCCUCCACCAGCCUCUAGGAAAGCCCCGGCGGCAGCGGUGGACUUGUUAGGAGAUGAUGGGGGAAUGGAUAUGGGUGGAUGGGAGGCUUUGAAACCCUCAUCGUAG